AAUCCACACGGAAGUAGUCUAUUUUUCCUUUUUUUAAAUUUAAUUUAACGGGAUAGCAAGUCGACCAGAGUAUUUUUCUGUCUUGGCCAUGUUUAUUUAAAUUAAAAUGCUAUUUAAUGGUGCUCGGAGCGUCAUCAUGUGUAUAAUGCGGAUGUUAGCGGCUGUCCGGGUACGGUGGACGGACGACAGGAUGUGAAGGGGCCAAAGAAAGAAAGACGCAUUUUGGUGCUGCUUUGAUUUGACACUUUGUCAGGGCGGACGAGAAGUCAGCAACUAAACACUUUUCCCCUUUUAUGUCUUCAAAACGGUACAAAAAUCGCACUUAAGGCUCCUGGUUAGCAUGGCCUCGUCCUGGUUGAAGUACUUCUCCCUGGGCGUGUUGGUUUUCCAGACCACGUCACUGGUGCUCAUCAUGCGUUACUCGCGUACCCUGCAGGCGGAGGGCCCGCGCUACCUGGCUUCCUCGGCCGUGGUGGUGGCCGAGGUCAUGAAGAUCGUCAUCUCCAUGUUGCUCGUCUUCCGAGACCACAGUUACAGCGUGCGAGCGUUCAACAGCAUCCUUCGGCAGGAGAUCGCCAACAAGCCGCUGGAGACUCUGAAGCUGGUCAUCCCCUCGGCCAUCUACACACUGCAGAACAACCUGCUUUACGUGGCCCUGUCCAACCUGGACGCCGCUACCUACCAGCUGACGUAUCAGCUCAAGAUCCUCACCACGGCUCUGUUCUCCGUGUCCAUGCUGGGGCGUCGGCUGGGCGUCUACCAGUGGCUCUCAUUGCUUAUCCUCAUGGCCGGGGUGGCUCUUGUGCAGUGGCCGACUGAAUCCUCGGUGGUGCCGGAAAAAGCGUCCGUCUCGACCGGUUCCCAAUUUGUGGGCGUGAUGGCCGUCCUGGUGGCGUGCUGCUCCAGCGGCUUCGCCGGCGUCUACUUUGAGAAGAUCCUGAAGGAGAGCAAACAAAGCGUCUGGAUCCGCAACAUCCAGCUGGGGAUGUUCUGCCUGUUGUUCGGAUUUUUCGGGAUGCUCAGCGUCGAUGGAGAUAAAGUGUUUGAGUCGGGAAUGUUCCAGGGGUACAACAAGGUCACCUGCGCCGUGGUUACAUUACAGGCGCUGGGGGGUCUAGUCGUCGCAGCGGUCAUCAAGUACGCCGACAAUAUCCUGAAAGGUUUCGCGACGUCGCUUUCCAUCAUCGUCUCCACACUCAUUUCCUACUUUUGGCUGCAGGAUUUCGACCCCACUGGCGUCUUCUUCCUGGGAGCCGUACUCGUCAUUGUCGCUACAUUCCUCUACGGCUACGAAGGCAAGGCGGCGCCCAACCCCAGCAGGGCGUGAGAUGGACGUCGGACCAAAAGGAGGCUAGGGAAAGAAAAAGAAAGCUCUUUAGGAAUUGGAUACAAGUCUAAAAAAGGUCAAGCACAAUUGCUGGUUACACCCAAAGUGCCUCAGGUGGGGGGAAUGAGAAUUUUUUUGCAUAAUUGUUCGUCUGUAGAGAUAAAGUCUUCACGUGACGUUUGCUGACUGUGUUAGACUUCUAAUUACCAAAUACAAAAUAAUUUAUAGUAGAUCUUUAAUUUCCGUAUAAUUCAGUCAAAAGGGCUUGUUUUUUGUACAGAAAAAACCCAAACAAUUACGUGACGCUCAUCCUGUCGAAAAUCUAACCUUCAAAAUAAAAGCACACCGUUUAUUAACACAGUUUGAAUACUUUAGUUUAAAUUAUGACGACUAAAUAAUCCCCCGUGUUGAUAGAAAAACUAGUGAAAUAAACAAAUCGGAAAUGCUUUUAUUUUGAAGGCCAGUCUUUUGUCAGGAUGCGUUGCGCCAAUAUCAAACUCGGCUUGUUACUGCAAGAGUUGUUCGUGAAAACUUGAAUUGUGGAGUAGGCCGUAAUUCAUCGUCGGCCAUGGACAGCGAUAGACGUCCAAUCCAUUUCAACAGACGAUGCUUCUCCAAGAAAAAAAACAAAAACAAUCUUUGCCCCUUGUGUGGCUAUUUUGAGGAGCAUUGUUACUCGGCAACCAUUGGUCCAAUCUACUCUACUUUGAAACACUGAGAAGUUAUUACAUAGAAGUUAUUACUAAGAGUCGUUAACAGUGGAUGUAAAUAAUGGGAUGUUAGCCUAAGCAGAUGAAUUGAAAUCACCGAUUUCCCUGACUCAUGUAAUUUAUUGUCAAUGUUGCAGUUGCAAAUUGUGGUCCUUUUUUUUUUAAAUUGCUGGUCAGAGAUUUAAAAGGUUUUAUUUUCAGAGCCUUGUCUAAUUGUAUCAUUUGACUAUUAUUAUGAUGUUUAUUUGUGGGGGAUGGGUACAUUCUUGUCUCGAUUACUACAAAGAGAAUCUUUUUAUAAAGUUGGGAAACUUGUACGCGUGCUUGUGGUGAUUUAUGUUGAGAAAACCAUUCAAACGCUGCAACCGGAGUAAAAAACAAAAAAACAACUAAAGUA